AAAGAUGUCCUGACUAUUCAAGUUUGUCUCCUGACAUACUGACACCAACAAAGACUCUGAUGGAUUUAGUGAUUUCUGGAGAGGAUAAAAUACCAAUCACGUCUGCAGUGAGGUUCAUCAAACUGUUGUUUCAGUACAAACAGUCAGAGGCGUUCGCAGGACUCGUCAAAGAGAUGCUUCACUUUCUGUCUGGUUUGACAGGCCAUCCUUUCAGAAAAGCACAACUGGAGCUCACCUUCCUGUACAGUCUCAACAAUCUGCUGUUAGCUCAGGAAACCYUUCCCAAAAAGACCAACAUAAAACUUGCUUCCACAGAUGGACAAAUAUCUUUUCUGAUGAGCAAUGAGCUCACUGUGUUGGUGGACAACUUGCACGAGUCGGUUUGUGACUCUGCUCCUGAGCCGCAGCCGGAUCAAGAUCUAGUUCUGCAUGUUGUGUUUUUUCUGUGGGAAAAGCUGAAGGUGUUCACGCAGCAACUGGACGCUUGGGAGUUCACCCAUGAGCUACAGACGAUAGAUAAUCAAGACAAGUGGCUUUGGUGCGUGUCUGAACUGUGUGAGGUAGCCCUCGCCUGUGCGCUGCCGACUGCAGACUGUAUAUUAGUGGCAGAGAUGAUCUGGACGUUGGGAAAACAACUUGAGAAAACAGCUGAGCUUUUUGAUGAAACACAAAAGCCUGCUUGUGAAUGUCCUAAAACUGUGCAGCUGAGCUCGUCUGUUUUUAAGUCAAAUGCAGAGCUGCUGAAGAUGUGUAAGCUGGUGGCAAAGGGACUUGAAGCUUUGGCAAAGGCUGCAUCUACGUUAUAUCCACAGGACAGCUCAGUAGUGACUGAUUCUGCCUUCAUGCAGAAGUUUACACCUCUUGAUCAAUUGAGUGCAUCUUCAGCGUUGUCAAAAGAGGAAACUGGAGCAGAUGAAGUCAAUAUGAAGAAAGAAGAAGCAAAGAAAGCCGAAGAAGAAUCAGACUUUAAAAGCUAUGAACGCAGUCGGUCUUUGAAUAUGUUUCUGCGAACCAGAGACCUUCAUCUAGAGCUGACCAUCGUCCUCCACAAGGUUUCUCUCAAGUUGCUGCAGCUAAAUAAAGUUGCAGAACCUGAUCUGUUGGAUUGGAUCAAGAAGAACAAUGUGUCCAAAGCUCAUUUCCUCAUCCAGAAAGCCUCAUUGGAGUACAGCACUGGAGAGCCAAAUGAAAGGAGCAAAAUCCUCCCAUUUUUAGAGGAGGCAUCCAUGCUAAUAAAAAAAGCAGAGAUGGAGGAGAAGAAGUUGCACAUGACCGUACUUAAGGCUCAAAAGGAAGCUGAAUCAGUGCCAGGGAAAGAUAAAAAGCCUCCUCCAGCUCCCACGCUUGUCUGUCGCACCGACCAUGCCUUAACUUUUGCCCRGGCUCCGUACAACUCAGAGGGGCAGGUGAGCUGGUAUCAGCUUUGUGGGCGAGUGGCCGAGGGCGUUGACUUGAAAGUGCGCCUUGGCGACCACAGCAUACCAGGAACUGGGAUUAUGGUACCAGUAGUUUCAGGUGAGUGCUUCCUAAAGGUGGAGGGUCUACAGCCCAACCAGAAGUAUGUGUUCGCUGUGGCAGCGUACGACGACAAAGCCGAGCUUCUGGGCAAAGCUAUAGGGGAGACAACCGCACCUGUGCUGGCAUCUAUGCCUGUCCCACUUCUUCCAACGUGGGCUCAUUUGGCUCAGGUGGCAUUUCAAACAGAGCAGUACACUGUGGCUAAAAAGGCCUGCAGUAAACUGUGGAGCCAUUAUACUGACUCAAAAUCAACCUCUAACAGCUCACAGGAUAGAUUUGCUGCAACAGGGCUGCACAUGGCAACCCUACAACACUCCUCUCCUCAUCUAUGUCAGCUGUUCAUGACCUCCGUCUUUAUUGAGACAGAGAUCAACAUUCAACAGGAAUCGCUCUACUCGUUCAGCAGCGGUGGAAAAUUUGCCGGGGAGCAGAAAGCCAGACUGUCAGAGUGCYAGCGAAUGUUGGUGGUCAUAGACAUGGCGAAGUGUUUAAAGGAUGGCAAGACUGCAGUGCAGGCUGUGGUCACCUGUUACAGGCUGUUAGCUCCGCUCAUGUUUCACCAGCUCGUUUGUGAUCCUGCAGUGCAAGUGCUAAAAAAAUGUUUGGUAGUUUUGGAGGAGAAUUCAUUCCUUCUGAAACAUAAAUGGGCUGAGAGCAUUUCAGAGUCACUCAUACACAUGGUCGCCUCCAUAACCUACUACCUGUCUAAGGUUUUACAUGUGUUGAAGAAAAACCAGACGGCUGCUGCAGUGAUGGACUGCGGUCGCAGGCUGCUUCAGGAGAUCCAUGAUGCUCAUCUGAAAAUACCGAGAUGUUCAUUAGCAGUCUAG